AUGUCCGCUAAAGCAACAGUAUUCGUCUCAGGUGCCACUGGUUACAUUGCACUCCACGUUGUUGAUAAUCUACUAAAGGAGGGUUACUCAGUGAUCGGUUCCGUAAGGUCACAAGAGAAGGCCGACCACAUCCUAAAAGAAUUCUCUAAUGACUGUAACUUAACCCUGGAGAUCGUCCCAGAUAUUUCAGCUCUAGAUGCCUUUGACGAUGUAUUUAAGCGUCAUGGGAAGGAUAUCAAAGUUGUUAUUCAUACGGCAUCCCCCGUCGUCUUUGAUCCUAAGGAUCUUGAUAAGGAUCUAUUGAUUCCGGCAAUCAAUGGUACCAAAUCAAUUUUGGAAUCCAUAAAGAAAUAUGCUGCUGACACUGUGGAAAACGUCGUUAUUACCUCUUCAUUGGCUGCACAAAGAAAACCAUCAGAGACCAAUGAUAGUACCGUGACGAUUGAUGAAAAUUCAUGGAAUAAUAUAACCAUGGAGGAAGCGCAUGAGUGUGUGCGUAAUGCAUAUAGUGCAUCAAAGGUAUUUGCUGAAAAGGCUGCUUGGGAAUUCCUUAAAAACAAUGCUGAUGUGGUGAAAUUUAAGUUAACUACAGUCAUGCCCGGUUUUGUAUUUGGACCACAAACGUUUGUGGAUAGAUCGAAAUCUAAAUUUAAUCAUACCAUUGAAAUUGUAAGAGCUAUUGCAAAUGCCAAGACUGAGGAUGAACUAUAUCAAUGUUCAGGUACAUAUGUAGAUGUUCGUGACGUAGCAAGAGCUCAUUUAUUGGCUUUUCAGAAGAAAGAAUGUGCCGGAGAAAGAUUAUCAUUAAGCACAAGUAUGUUCUGUACUCAAAGUAUUCUAAAUGUAAUUAAUGAAGAUUUCCCUCAAUUAAAGGGUAAGAUCACAGAGGGAGACCCUGCUUCAGAGAAUGAAACUUUGGAUAAUAUGAUGUCGUUCAACAAUGACAAGACAAAAAAAUUAUUGGGAUUCGAUUUUAUUCCAUUGAGAAAAUCCAUUGAUGAUACUGUUAACCAAUUAUUUGAAUUUGGAGCAAUAAACGUCUGA